CCAGGGUUGCCAUGGUGCCGCGAAGGGCCGCCGCCGCCAUGGCCAGGGCGCUGCCGGCACCGCCCCCAGCCCGUGUCUUCGCCGAGCUCGACGCGGCCCCGGCCCCGGUCCCGGUCCCGGUCCCCGCCCCGUUGGGCCGCGCUGGGCCUCCGGUGCCGCCCGGGCGGGAGGUGCAUGUCAGCGGCAGCGCGGAGCUGAGCGCCCGCCCGGACCGGGCGCGGGUGUCGCUGCGGCUCGGCAGCCGCAAGGAGGCGGCCGGGGCGGCGCGGAGCAGCGUGUCCCGCCGGCUGGAGUACAUCGCCCACAGCGCCCGCCUGCGCGGCGUCCCGGAAGAAAAUAUGACUGUAACAGAAGAUUUUAGUAGAGUAGAAAAUACUUACCAAAUGGAAGCAGAGGUCAGUAUUAUAUUCAGUGAUUUUGGAAAAAUGCAGACUGUUUGCAAUCAACUCACUGAAAAGUUAGGAACCGCUGUUACCAUCAGUCCACCUCAUUUCUACCAUACACCAGAAGCCAUAGACACCCUUCGCCGUCAAGUAUGUGUUGCUGCUGUUGGAAACACACAGCGGAAAGCUCAGGAAGUCUGUCGAUUGUUUGGCCAGUCACUGGGAAAACCUUUACUGAUAAAAGAAGAAGAAACAAAAGAAUGGGGAGGCCACAUAGACAGUUACCUGCCACGCUCUACUGAUUCACUGACUCUGCAGGAAAGAAUCCAGAGUGCUACUGCUUAUGCAUCUUCUAGAGUGUUUGCUGUGUUUGAGAUAAAGGGAAAAGAAAACAGAAGAAACAAGUUGCUCUAGAAACUUUCAAAUCCUAUACAUUUUCUUAAUAAAAUUUUUAUGCUUUCUUGA